GAGCCCACUGGCAGAGACCUUCUCUAAAGCUAAUUGAAGUGACGCGUUUUGUCUGGAUUCACAAGCACACGGUGCUACUUGUAAAGCCAGGUGUCCUAUAGGACCUGCAGCUACCUAGGCAGGAACACCUAGAAGCAUCCAGCUGAAGAGUCAAGAUGACAGAUUUGCUUUCACUGCUGAAUGGUAUGACCCGAAUGCUUCACUCUUUCGGCGUUACGAGCUUCUGUAUUAUCCAAAAGAUAGCUCAGUUGAAAUGUAUGAUGUGAAGAACCAUCGUACCUUUCUGAAGCGCACCAAGUAUGAGAGCUUACACCUUGAUGAUCUGUUUGUGGGCAACAAAAUUACUGUGUUUUCCCGUCAUCUUUCCUUAGUGGACUAUGGGGAUCAAUAUACAGCGCGCAAGCUAGGGGGCCGCAAAGAGAGAACAUUGGCUUUGAUUAAACCUGAUGCAACACCUAAGAUUGGAGAAUUAAUAGAUAUCAUUAUUAAUGCUGGAUUUACAAUAACUAAGGCCAAAAUGAUGAUGCUUUCAAGAAAAGAAGCAGCUGAUUUCUACGUAGACCAUCAAUCAAGACCUUUUUAUAAUGAGCUUCUCCAGUUUAUAACAAGUGGUCCUGUUGUUGCUAUGGAAAUCUUACGGGAUGAUGCAAUUUGUAAGUGGAAGACAUUAUUGGGGCCUGCAAAUUCUGCAGUUGCUCGAACUGAUGAACCGGAAAGCAUCAGAGCAAACUUCGGACAUGAUGGCCUAAAAAAUGCAGCUCAUGGCCCAGAUUCAGUAGCCUCAGCCGCUCGAGAGCUGGAGUUCUUCUUUCCCUCCAGUGGAGGUCACGGACCAGCCAACAGCGCAAAGUUCACAAACUGUACUUGCUGCAUUAUUAAGCCUCAUGCAGUUAAUGAAGGACUAGCUGGAAAGAUUAUAAAAGCCAUCGUCAAUGAAGGAUUUCAGAUCUCAGCUUUACAGAUGUUCAAUAUGGAGCGUGCAAAUGCAGAAGAAUUUUAUGAGAUUUACAAAGGUGUUGUUGCUGAAUACAUGGAGAUGGUUACAGUGUUGUGCUCUGGCCCUUGCAUAGCAAUGGAGAUUAUACAGCCUGAACCUCCAAAUGUGUUCAGAAACUUCUGUGGUCCUUCUGACCCUGAAAUAGCUCGUCAUCUCCGACCUGGAACUCUACGUGCUGUCUUUGGGAAGAACAAGAUUCGGAAUGCUGUCCACUGCACAGAUCUACCAGAAGAUGGACUUCUGGAGGUACAUCUUGUUGAAUAUGAAACCACAGGUUCCAGGCAGAGGGAAGUGAACACCAUAAACAAGCCACUCCAUCAUGUCUGGUCUAACGGGAUCAGAUUUCCAGGAAUCUGCUGCAGUCGAGUUCCUGUAACAAAACGCCACAGGAGAAGGCACCCGCAUUAGCUGCUCACAACAGGCCUGCAAAUCCUCCUCUCCCCUCUCCGCUUUAAAGUGUGCUGAUGCUGUUAUGGCCCCUGUUAGUACAAACAGGUACCUGGAAGGAAUCUGGGGGCGGAAGAGCAAACAGCUCCAUGCAGGUGGCAGCCCCAUCCUUGUAGAUAGCAGGCAUCUGCCCACAGCCUGCCUCUGCCAGACCUGUGAUUGAGAAUAAGGUGCAUCUUGCCUCCCAAAUAGCAAAAUGCUUUCCAGAUGUUAAUGAACUGAGCCCGGCAGUACUGCUUUUCUAAGGCAGAAAGGUCCUCGUUUCAUCAGUGGGAAAGGCUAUCAGUUUGACUGCAUGGAGAUGGUCUGGAAGCCUAAUCUGAAUGAACUUUUGGCAUGCUAACAAAACUUGUAAAUAUAAUUAAAUCACAUUAAAGCCCCAUGUGGGCAUUUUUACUUA